AUGGCGGGAAGGAACUCAUUUGACGAAGCGUCUGCUGGCUUUCGAUCGCAUCUCCCGGAUCUCAGCAGUCUGAGGUUCACGACUGCCGCACAGCAAAAUGUUUACGAGUAUGUAAAAUCCAUGCAGGACAAUCGUGCGCCGCCGUGGCUAUACGACUUAACAAAGGUAUGGGAAAAGCUACUGGAAGAGCCAUACAAGGGUAUAACAAAUGACGGAAAUGUACGCGAAGGUCUCUUCGCCGCACGCGAUGAAGACGCGAACGUUGGCGAUGCAGUUGAGCGGGCGGAAAAGCUGUUGGACAGUUUGGACGCUGAACAAAAGAAGAAUGUAUCUUAUCCCGUAAACGCGAGAGAAUGGAGGGCCUGGAGUAACCCAGAGUUCCUGUUGAGACCACUUGGCUUGCGCCUCGAAGAAGUCUCGGAACAAACUGCACAACUUAUUCUCGGUGUGCUCGGAGGGUCAUUGUCGUCGGGGGGCUACGAGAAAGCAAUUGCAGCCAUGCGCAUAAAUCAUUUCCUCGGAGAAGUGGUCAAACUUCCUAAUAUCUUGAACAAGUACUCUUACAACUUCCUUAUUUUUGGUACACCAUCUACAUCCGCCUCCUCGCCAUGGGGUUGGCUUCUCUAUGGUCAUCAUCUCGCUAUUGCGUGUUUUUUCAAGGGUCCUCAGGUUGUUGUUAGCCCGUCAUUUACCGGUGCAGAGCCCAACAUCAUCGACGAAGGGGAAUGGAAGGGUACCGAGAUUUUGCACAAAGAGGGGAGCUUAGGACUGAAGCUCAUGCAAAGUCUCAGUGCGGAGCAGCAGCAGAAAGCCCAGAUUUUCAAGAACAUGAGAGACGAGGGUAUGAAGCAAGUUUACGGCAAUUCCAAUAACGAUGAGACGAAACGCGACGAACUCAUCACCGAUACUUGGGGUCCAGAUGAUCAACGCCACCGCUGUGGCGCAUUCCGCGACAAUCGUAUCGUGCCAUACGAAGGUGUGCUCGUGACUACGAUGGAGCCUUCCCAGCAAGAACGCAUCCUGUCCAUCUGCGACGAGUUUCUUCUCUACCAUCCCACCAAAGCUCGCCAGCUCAAGCUCUAUCAGAUCAAGCAACACUUUGAAGAAACAUACUUUUGCUGGAUUGGAGGUUUUGGUAAUGAUGAUGCGUUUUACUUCCGCAUACAGAGUCCGGUUAUUUUGCUGGAGUUUGAUCAUCAUUCGGGCGUAUUCUUGACAAACAAAGAGCCAGCAAAAUACCAUACACAUACUAUUGUGAGAACUCCGAAUGCUGGGGAUUAUGGGCAGGCGAUUCGACAAGGCGACGAAAAAUUGCAGUAG